AUGGAGGCGCUCCUGGAGCUGGGGCGCCACGUGCCGGAGGAGGACCUGGACGCCGUCCUCAGCUCCCAGCAGCCCACCCAGUGCUGCGCGCUGGUCUACACGUCCGGGACCACGGGGAACCCCAAGGGCGUGAUGCUGAGUCAGGAUAACAUCACCUGGACGGCCCGGUACGGCAGCCAGGCCGGCGGCAUCCAGCCCGCCGAGGCCCAGCAGGAGGUCGUGGUCAGCUACCUGCCGCUCAGCCACAUCGCCGCUCAGAUCUACGACCUGUGGACGGGCAUCCAGUGGGGGGCCCAGGUCUGCUUCGCACAGCCCGACGCCCUCAAGGGCAGCCUGGUGGACACGAUGCGGGAGGUGGAGCCCACGUCGCACAUGGGCGUGCCCCGCGUGUGGGAGAAGAUCAUGGAGCGCAUCCAGGAGGUGGUGGCGCAGUCCGGCUUCAUCCGGCGCAAGAUGCUCCUGUGGGCCAUGUCGGUGAUGCUGGAGCACAACCUCGCCUGCCCCAGCAGGGACCUGAAGCCCUUGACGGCCAGGCUGGCGGACCGCCUGGUGCUGGCCAAGGUCCGCCAGGCGCUGGGCCUGGGCAGGUGUCAGAAGAGCUUCUACGGAGCCGCCCCCAUGGCCGCCGAGACCCAGCGCUUCUUCCUGGGCCUGGACAUCCGCCUGUACUCGGGCUACGGCCUCAGCGAGACCUCAGGCCCCCACUUCAUGUCCAGCCCCUGCAACUUCCGGCUGUACAGCUCCGGCAAGGUGGUGCCCGGCUGCCGGGCGAAGCUGGUGAACCAGGACGCGGACGGCACGGGCGAGAUCUGCAUGUGGGGCCGCACGGUGUUCAUGGGCUACCUGAACAUGGAGGACAAGACGCGAGAGGCCAUCGACGCCGACGGCUGGCUGCACAGCGGCGACCUCGGCCGCCUGGACGCUGACGGCUUCCUCUACAUCACGGGGCGCCUCAAAGAACUGAUCAUCACGGCGGGCGGGGAGAACGUGGCCCCCGUGCCCAUUGAGGAGGCGGUGAAGACGGAACUGCCGCUCAUCAGCAGCGCCAUGCUCAUCGGGGACCAGAGGAAGUUCCUGUCCAUGCUGCUGACCCUGAAGUGCACGCUGGACCCGGACACCUGCGAGCCCACGGACGCGCUGGCGGAGCAGGCGGUGGCCUUCUGCCAGCGCGUGGGCAGCCGGGCGGCGCGCGUGUCGGACAUCGUGGGCGGCCGGGACGAGGCCGUGUGCCGCGCCAUCGAGGAGGGCAUCCGGCGGGUGAACGGGCGCGCGGCCGCCCGGCCCUACCACGUGCAGAAGUGGGCCAUCCUGGAGCGGGACUUCUCCAUCGCCGGCGGCGAGCUGGGCCCCACGAUGAAGCUGAAGCGGCUGGCGGUCCUGGAGAAAUACAAGGACGUCAUCGACGCCUUCUACCGGGAGUGA